UAGUAAUGGUUGUAACCGUCAAAUUGAACCCCCCCAUCCAUGCAACAGAAUGGUAUGAUCGACGUGCGCGCGGAAGUUUGUAACUGCAAUGGCGUCCAAAGCAGGUCGUCGAGGGACAAAGCGCAAAGCAGAGGAGGAGAAACCAUCCAUGGAGGAGAAAAGGGACAGAGAAGGGGAGAACGGACAACAAGGCCAAAGGGUGGUCAUCGAACACUGUAAGAGCUGACGAGUGUAUGGGCGUAAUGCUGAGGAGGUGAAAUCUGCCCUCCUGGCUGCCAUCCCUGGACUGACUGUGGUCGUCAACCCUGAAAAACCACGCCGGAACAGCUUUGAGAUCACUCUGCUGGAUGGAGGCAAAGAGACACCUUUGUGGACUGGAAUAAAGAAGGGUCCACCUCGUAAGCUGAAGUUUCCUCAGCCAGACGUUGUAGUUGCUGCUCUGCAGGAGGCUCUGAAAGCUGAGUAGACGCCCAGUGAAGCCAAGAGUCCAGGAGAUGUGGCCUGUGGAAACAGAAUGAUGAGGAGUGACCAAGGAGAUGUUCUCAGUCCCUCUUCUGAUGAUCCAAGUUUCAACAGUUUGCAUCUUUUAGGUACAUGGCGACACCUAGUGGAGCGUGUCUGAGCCAACACUUUUCUCUCAAGUCAUGCUGUUAAGUGUUGUACUCCUUUUUCUCAAUGUUCAUUGUGCAUAUAAAUCGGUCUUUGUUAAAUAAAGUUUUUUUUCCUUGGU